AUGCAGACAGCCGGCUCGCUCUAUUUCUGGGCGGCUGCUCUCGCUGGCCCAAAGUACGGCCCAUUUGCCGCAUGGAUCACUGGCUGGCUGGAGUUCGUGGGAGUGUCGGUAGGAGUGGGUGGAGUGGCGUUUGGGGGCAUCCAGCAGAUCAUGUCACUCGUGCUGCUCGCCACAGGCGGCGCCAACGGUGGCGGAUACAACUUCCCAGACUACCUGAAGUUUCUAACCUGCUGCGCCAACGGCGGCGGCUACAACUUCCCAGACUACCUGCAGUUCCUAGCCUGCGGUGCCAACGGGGGCGGAUACAUCUUUCCAGACUACCUGCAGUUCCUGGCGUGUGUGGCUCUUACUCUUUCUCUCUCAUCCCCAUCUGUGCUGUAUUGCGGUGCCAACGGGGGCGGAUAUAUCUUCCCAGACUACCUGCAGUUCCUCGCGUGUGUGGCGCUCAUCCUCGUGUGUGCAGCCAUCAACGUUCUUCCCAUUAAGCGCGUGGGGCAAGUGCUGGCCGUGGGGACAGUGCUGCAGAUCCUAGUGGCAUUCGUGUUCAUAAUCACGCUCCCUGCAGUCGCAGAGACCCAUCAGCCAGCCUCGUGGGUGUUCGGGCACUUUGAGGUGCAAUACAGCAUCACAGGCAUCCCCAACGGGGCGUAUGCGGUGGCGUAUGCGGUGGCAUAUGCAGUGGUAGCAGGCCUCCUCAUGUCUCAAUACGCCCUCUACGCAUUCGACGCAGCGGCUCACACGUCAGAAGAGGCGAAGCGGUCCGACGUGACGACUCCCUUUGCAAUGAUAGCCGCCCUCUCCGUCAUCUGCUUCAUGCAAUGGGGCGUCAUCGUGGCUCUCACCUUCUGCAUCCAGGUGGGUGGGUGGGUAGCACACCUCCUGGGCCAGCACAGCACAUGA